AUGCAAUGCGCUGUAAUUGAGUUUGCCAGAAACGUUUGUGGAAUCGAGGGAGCUAAUUCGACAGAGUUUAAUAAAGAUCUUAAACCGGAACAGCAGGUUGUUAUUGACAUGCCGGAACAUGACCCAUCAAAGGUUGGAAUGGGGGCCAGCAUGCGCCUCGGAUUGCGUGAUACAGUUUUCCUAACUGAGAGGUGCAAAUUAAGACGGCUUUAUAACAAAAUGCAUGUGAGGGAACGCCAUAGACAUCGCUAUGAGGUGAAUCCAACAGUGGUCCCUCUGCUUUGUGAGAAGGGGAUGUAUUUUGUCGGUAUGGGUACUGAUGAAAGCUGUGGAGAUUAUACAUUUUCAAAAAGAACUGGGUCUGCUGCUGCCUUGAUGGGAAUUGCUGAAACAAAUUGCUCCAAUGUUUAUAAGGACGAUGAUUUCUUUGAGCUUGAUGAAGCUGCUUUUCAGGCGCUGAUGGAAAAAGUGAGGCUUCUCUGCGAGCGAAGUAAACUUAGCGGAAAUGCCGCCACAGUUCGAAUGGAAGUGAUUGAACUGAAAGAGGAAGCGAAUCUUGAGGUCUAG